CACAGCGAUGUGAGCCAGAGGCCAAACAGCGUGUGACUCCAUGGGGCAGCUGGAAGAAAGGAGAUAAUGCUUUAAAGUAAAGGCAAUUUCAAGGCACAAUGUCCUCAGGCCACAGACUGAGGGACGUGGAGCAGCAGCGCCCCCUGCUGGACGGGGAGGAGGUGGUAGAGAGGAGCUCCCACAGCGAGGCGAGGCGGCUCUGGUUCAUCCAGGACUGCUGCGGGAUGGUGUGUGCCUUCAUCACCUGGUUCCUGGUCUUCUUCGCUGACUUUGUGGUCACCUUUGUCAUGCUGCUGCCCUCCAGGAGCUUCUGGUACGCCGUGGUCAACGGGGUGCUCUUCAACAGCCUGGCUGUGCUGGCGCUGGCCUCCCACCUCCGCACCAUGCUGACCGACCCGGGAGCCGUUCCUAAAGGAAACGCCACCAAGAAGUACAUGGAGAGUCUGCAGCUGAAGCCGGGCGAGGUCAUCUACAAAUGUCCAAAAUGCUGCAGCAUCAAACCUGAGAGGGCUCAUCACUGCAGUAUUUGUAAGCGCUGCAUCCGUAAGAUGGACCACCACUGUCCCUGGGUCAACAACUGUGUCGGGGAGAAAAACCAGCGCUUCUUCGUCCUUUUCACUAUGUACAUCGCUAUGAUCUCCAGUCACGCUCUGGCUCUCUGUGGAUACCAGUUCAUCACCUGCAUCAGAGUCCAGUGGAGAGGUGAGACCUGAACGCCACUCAGACUCCUAAUUUCAACUACACUUUCUUUAUUUUUCAAUUAUUUAUCUCCUGUCAAGGGAGGAGGAUUAACACUUUUGCACAGAAAUAUUAGAAUAGCAUUUUAAACCUUAA